AGCCGGAAUGGACAGACUACUCUGUAACUGAUUUCUUCACCCGGUUUACUUCAAAUAUGAUGGCAAGGAGCUAAGAGUGGGAGAGAAAAAGAAAAGAACGUCAAUCCACCCUCACUGACAGGGGGCUUGAUAUCUACACAUCGAUUCUACAUAUUACAGCAUUCCAGCUGUUUCGAGUACAAGUGAUGGCUGCUUAUGGACAGACACAGUAUAGUCCUGCCAUCCAGCCUGCAGGUCCCUACACACCCUACACACAUCAGGGAUACAGUGUGCCUUCCUACAAUAUUAAAACAGAAGAUGGCUUGAGCCAUUCACCAGGACAGAGCAGUCUGAUUGGCUACACGUCCAACUUCAGCAGUACACCACCAAGCCAAUCUCUUUACAGUUACUCCACACAUGGUGGCAGUAUUUCAUCUGGAAUUUUCCAGAGCACCAAUGCAAUCACAGGCUCCACGCCAUUCAGUCCCACACAGCAAGAUUUCACAGCAUAUUCCAGCUACGGCCAAAGCCAGUACUCGCCUUACUAUAACUCGCACUACAACAACCCCUACCUCACAACCAGUAAUAUUAGCCCAUCAACCAUCGGCACAGCAAUCCCCUAUCAGCAUCCUGAACAUCCUACUGUAACAACCAGCCACAGCCCUGACUCGCAUCCAGGGGAAUACCAACCGCCCCCUAGCCCCCCAACCCCAGGAAAGGAGCAGGAAGGAGGUCCAGCCAGACGAGGCUCGGACGGAAAGCUACGGGGAAGAAAGAGGGCCAAUGACCCGGCACCCCCACUGGAUUCAGAGAUCGAGAGGGUGUUUAUUUGGGACCUGGACGAAACCAUCAUCAUUUUCCACUCGUUGCUUACCGGCUCUUUUUCCACCCGCUUCGGCAAGGACUCUGCCAAAGCAGUAUCUCUGGGGUUGUGGAUGGAAGAGAUGAUCUUCAACUUAGCAGACUCACGACUCUUCUUCAAUGACCUGGAGGAAUGUGACCAAGUUCAUAUCGAUGAUGUGGCCUCAGAUGACAACGGGCAGGACUUAAGCACAUAUAACUUCGGGACCGAUGGAUUCCAGAGUCCAUCUGGUGGAGGUACACUGUGCCUAGGCUCAGGAGUCCAUGGCGGCGUUGACUGGAUGAGAAAGCUGGCUUUCCGCUACCGUCGGGUAAAAGAGAUCUACAACACCUUUAAGAACAAUGUAGGAGGUUUGUUGGGCAGCCCAAAACGGGAGGAAUGGCUUCAGCUGAGAAGAGAAAUGGAGGUUCUAACCGAUCUGUGGCUUACUCAUGCUCUAAAGGCACUAGCUCUUAUUAACUCCAGACCAAACUGUGUAAAUGUGAUGGUCACCACCACUCAGCUCAUCCCUGCGCUGUCCAAAGUUCUGCUGUACGGUCUGGGAGGUGCAUUUCCAAUUGAAAACAUCUACAGUGCCACCAAGACUGGUAAAGAGAGCUGCUUUGAGAGGAUAACUCAGAGGUUCGGGAGGCGAGCGGUGUACGUGGUAAUUGGAGAUGGAGUCGAGGAGGAAUCUGUAGCAAAGAAGAAAAAUAUGCCGUUCUGGAGGGUGUCGUGCAGACCGGACCUUGAGGCACUAAGUCAUGCACUAGAGCUGGACUACCUCUAGAGGGCUCAACCUACAUCAGUCGUUCACUUGGCUGCGUCUACCUUUCAUUAAAAACAUGGACUGUGAACCACAAUCACAUGGCCAAGCCAAGAACUGCAGGACCAGUUUGUUUCAAAUCAGUCCAGGAAAAAUAAUUUCCUUUUACUUUUUUUUUUACUUAAUCUGUGACAACUGUUUAUACACUGCACUGAACACAAUCAAAAACCAGAGUGCUUUACACCACCAAAGAGUUUCAGUUUGUGCCUGUUGAUGUCAGACUAAAGAAAUACAUUCAGUACAACAUUGUAUGUAUGGCUUGUGAUGUGAAAAACAUUUCAAAUCAUUUUGGGGGGUUGAGGGGAGGCCUUAUUUAUGUCUUUGCUAUUAAUAUAGAUGAGACGUUUAGGUCCGGGACUAGCUCAAGAGUCUUAUGAAACGUUUAGGUCCGGGACUAGCUCAAGAGUCUUAUGAAGAAAGAUAACCUAUUAAAUCAUUUUUGUAAAUCGUGUUAUAUCGGACUAUUUAAACUGUGAAAUUCAGUCAAAUUCCUUUUGAAAGAAUGAAUCACAAUAAUUGCGAUAACCUUGAUGAUUAAAAUGGUUUGGGAAAU